CUGCAGAAGAGAGAGACUUCAAUUGGGUUAUAAGGAAUAUUCCGGGUCGAUAUGCGACCCGACCGAAACUCAGAGCCACCGCAUGUCGAUAUUCGUCCUUCACCUUCACCUUCACCUUUAUCCUCCUCCACGUUCCCCAUAAGUCACUCCGCACUUGGGUUUUCUACGUUUGUUGCACCAGUUGUUUUCGUCGAUAGGGUAAUUAGAAAUAACUGCAGAAGAGGAGAGUAAUUGGGUCACGAAGAAUAUUCCGGGUCGAUGUGCGACCCGACCGAAACUUCAAGUGGGCUUUCGUAUAUUUUAUAGCCCCCCCCCCCCCCCCCUGGCUUUACGUCUUUAUGGGAACAAGGCAUGGUCGGGGGGAGGCAGAACUGAAUCUUUUGUUUCUUUCUUUCGUUUUUCUUUUGGAAAAUUAGUGAGGAGUCUAGUGUCCCACUAUCGUAUAAAAGGCAGCGACUGAGGCCGGGGUCUAAGCAAGAAGAGCCAAAGUCGCCAGUGGGAGCUACUGUUUUCUUCGGGUGGGAAGAGAGUGAAGUUCUGACUCGGUUUUGGCUCACUGAGAGUUAAACACGAGAGAGAUAUGACUGAUUUCGCCUCCUCUGUUAUUGCAUAUCAGCUCCACUCAGGAUCAUCAUCGACUCCUUGAAAUUCUGUGUUACUCCUCAUCAUCCACCUUUUUCUCUCCAAGCCCACAAUGGAGAAGAGGCUCAACAAGGCUUGUGUUCUUCUCAUGGUGAUAGCUGGGAUGGAGAGGUUCGUGUUCAAAGGGGUGGCGUCGAAUCUGGUGACGUAUCUGACGGAGGUGAUGAAGAUGAGCAACUCGUCGGCGGCGAAAAUGGUGAGCGCCUGGUGCGGCCUCACCUAUCUGCUCCCUCUGCUGGUGGCUCCCCUCGCCGACUCCUACUGGGACCGCUACUCCACCGUCUUGUCCUUCUCCCUCUUCUACGUCGUGGGACUGAUGGCAUUGACGUCAACGGCAUUGGAGUCGACAUGGCACCCGCCGACCAAGCCCGACUAUUCUCCGUUCCUUUUCUGGUCCCUCUGUUUGAUCUCGGUUGGCCUCGGUGGGUACAACCCGUCAUUGCAGGCGUUCGCGACGGAUCAACUCGACAAUGAAGAGGAAUUGCCUCGCAGCAAGGACGAAAAGAAAUCGGGUAAGAACAGCUCGUUCUUUCAAUGGUGGUACUUCAGCAUUUGUAGCGGCAGCCUCUUGGGGAUAACGUUCAUGUCGUACGUACAAGAUACCUUCGGAUGGGUUCUGGGAUUCGCCAUACCGACCGGAGCGAUGAUUGCGGCGGUUGCAUUUUUCUCUUGCGGAAACAAAAUCUGUGGGUACAAACAAGAUGCAAAUAAUGUUCAUAACAAGCCCUUUCAGAUCGUACUUAAGAGCAUCCGAGCGAUUGCAUCCAAAUUCAAGAAUGGAGCAAUCUCCUUACCAGAUGAGAGGUCUGAAUUGGAGGAGCUAGAGCUGCAACAGAAACCUCUUUGUCCUCGCAGUGUCGGGGUCGUCGAGAACUUGGAAAAGAACACCAAAAACAGUCACAGUUUUGCGAUCAGUAACGUGGAAGUAGUACUUCGGCUGCUGCCUAUAUGGACGAUGCUCCUGAUGUUCGCCGUGAUCUUCCAACAACCGGCGACCUUCUUCACGAAGCAAGGGAUGGUGAUGAAGCGGAACAUCGGGAGCCACUUCAACAUCCCCCCAGCGACCCUCCAGAGCGCCAUCAACCUGUCCAUAAUCCUCCUAAUGCCUCUAUACGACAAAAUGCUGAUCCCGAUCACUCGGCUAUUCACACGAGACGAGAAGGGCAUCAACGUGAUGCAGAGGAUGGGGAUCGGCAUGUUCCUCUCAAUCAUAGCCAUGGUGAUAGCUGCGCUCGUUGAGACAAAGAGGCUCGAGACGAUAGGAAGAUCUGGACAUGCCGAAUUGAGCAUCUUCUGGCUGCUCCCGCAGUACAUUCUGCUCGGUGGAUCCGACGUCUUCACCGUGGUCGGGAUGCAGGAGUUCUUCUACAGCGAAGUCCCUCUUAGGAUGAGGACCAUGGGAUUCGCGCUGUACACAAGCGUCUUUGGAGUUGGGAGCUUUCUGAGCGCUGUGAUGAUCUCGGCGAUCGAGUUUUUCACGCGGGGACACAGCUGGUUCUCCGACGACAUGAGCAAAGCCCACCUAGACAGUUACUACUGGCUUCUGGCCUUGGCGAGUUCAUUGAGCAUGCUUCUGUACAUAGCAUCGUGUAAACUUUACAGGAGCCCAAAUGGUGUGGAAGGAAGUAAGCGCGUGUUUCUUCGUUGCCCUUGAAGUGGAAAUCUUGAUAAUGUUCCUCGUGGCAA